AUGGAGGACUUUCUACUCUCCAAUGGGUACCAGCUGGGCAAGACCAUUGGGGAAGGGACCUAUUCAAAAGUCAAAGAAGCAUUUUCCAAAAAACAACAAAGAAAAGUGGCAAUUAAAAUUAUAGACAAGAUGGGAGGGCCAGAAGAGUUUAUCCAGAGAUUUCUGCCUCGGGAACUCCAGAUUGUCCGUACCCUGAACCAUAAGAACAUCAUUCAGGUGUACGAGAUGCUGGAAUCUUCUGAUGGGAAAAUCUACCUGGUGAUGGAGCUGGCAGAGGGAGGGGAUGUUUUUGACUGCGUGCUGAAUGAAGGGCCGCUGCCUGAGAGCCGGGCCAAGGCCCUCUUCCGCCAGAUGGUUGAGGCCAUUCGCUACUGCCACAGCUGUGGUGUGGCCCACCGGGACCUCAAGUGUGAGAACGCUUUGUUGCAGGGCUUCAACCUGAAGCUGACUGACUUUGGCUUCGCCAAGGUGUUGCCCAAGUCACGCAGAGAGUUGAGCCAGACCUUCUGCGGCAGCACAGCCUACGCCGCCCCUGAGGUGCUGCAGGGGAUUCCUCACGAUAGCAAGAAGGGCGACGUGUGGAGCAUGGGCGUGGUCCUGUACGUCAUGCUCUGUGCCAGCCUACCUUUUGACGACACAGACAUUCCCAAGAUGCUGUGGCAGCAGCAGAGGGGGGUGUCCUUCCCUACUCAUCUUGGUAUCUCGGCCGAAUGCCAGGACCUGCUCAAGCGACUCCUGGAACCAGACAUGAUCCUCCGGCCUUCAAUUGAAGAAGUUAGUUGGCAUCCAUGGCUAGCAAGCACUUGA